CACCAGACUCACUAUAAAAACCCCGCCUUGGCCUCCCUCCCCCAUUACAGCCUUCAUUCUCCGAAUCCUCAACGUCGGCAAGAAGGAAAAAUCUGACAAAAUGCGUGAGUGUAUUUCCAUGCAUGUCGGCCAAGCUGGAGCCCAGAUGGGAAAUGCCUGCUGGGAGCUCUACUGUCUGGAGCAUGGGAUCCAGCCUGAUGGUCAGAUGCCCAGUGAUAAGACCAUUGGAGGAGGGGACGACUCCUUCAACACCUUCUUCAGUGAGACUGGAGCUGGCAAACAUGUGCCUCGUGCCGUCUUUGUUGACCUGGAGCCCACUGUCAUAGACGAGGUGCGCACAGGAACCUACCGCCAGCUGUUCCAUCCUGAGCAGCUGAUCACAGGCAAAGAAGAUGCUGCCAACAACUAUGCCCGUGGGCACUACACCAUUGGCAAGGAGAUCAUCGAUCUGGUACUUGAUAGGACGCGCAAACUGGCUGACCAGUGCACUGGGCUUCAAGGUUUCCUCAUCUUCCACUCCUUCGGUGGAGGCACUGGCUCUGGCUUCACCUCCCUGCUGAUGGAGCGUCUCUCUGUUGACUAUGGAAAGAAGUCUAAGCUUGAGUUUGCUGUUUACCCAGCUCCUCAGGUGUCCACUGCUGUGGUGGAGCCCUACAACUCCAUCCUGACCACCCACACCACCCUGGAGCACUCUGACUGCGCCUUCAUGGUAGAUAACGAAGCCAUCUAUGACAUCUGCCGUAGAAACCUGGACAUUGAGCGUCCAACCUACACCAACCUCAACAGGCUCAUCGGCCAGAUUGUCUCCUCCAUCACUGCCUCCCUGCGCUUCGAUGGUGCUUUGAAUGUAGAUCUGACAGAGUUCCAGACCAACUUGGUGCCCUACCCUCGUAUCCACUUCCCUCUGGCCACCUAUGCUCCAGUCAUCUCUGCUGAGAAAGCCUACCAUGAGCAGCUGUCUGUUGCUGACAUCACAAAUGCCUGCUUCGAGCCCGCCAACCAGAUGGUAAAGUGUGACCCCCGUCAUGGCAAAUAUAUGGCCUGCUGCCUGCUGUACCGUGGUGACGUGGUGCCCAAAGAUGUCAACUCUGCCAUCGCCACCAUCAAGACCAAACGUACCAUCCAGUUUGUGGACUGGUGUCCCACUGGCUUCAAGGUGGGCAUCAACUACCAGCCCCCCACCGUGGUUCCCGGAGGAGACCUGGCCAAGGUGCAGAGGGCUGUGUGCAUGCUGAGCAACACCACCGCCAUCGCUGAGGCCUGGGCCAGGCUGGACCACAAGUUCGACCUGAUGUACGCCAAGAGAGCCUUCGUGCACUGGUAUGUGGGAGAGGGCAUGGAGGAGGGAGAGUUCUCUGAAGCCAGAGAAGACAUGGCUGCUCUGGAGAAGGAUUAUGAAGAAGUGGGAACCGACAGCGUUGGAGAUGAGGAUGAAGAAGGAGAGGAGUAUUAAAAAUGUCAAAAACAACUCCACCUUGCUGAUGCUCCAUAACAAGCUACAAGUCCCUGAUAAUACAAAGGGUUAAAUGGACUAGCAACAUUGGAAUCAUUCAAUGAAGUAGGCUAAGCACAUGCCAUUGCGCUACAAAAACCUCCCUGCCCCAUCACGAAAACCAUCAAACCUUUUGCAAUAAAACUGUAAAAAAAUUAA